AGAAGAGCAGACAGGAGGGAGCUGAGAACUGGAGGGAAGAGGAGAGGAGAGAGAGAUCGGAGCACAGGACCGGUGGCCGUGUGUGAGGAACCCCCCCGUGGAGGAGGAGGAGGAGAACAGUGUGAACACACAGAGAGUGCGGGCAGUGCUGCUGCCCUCCGGGGUGUCGGGGACCACAGGGGCUCGGGAAUUUUGUGGUGUAUGCUGGCGGCCAUGUGGACGCUGGGACUUCUGCUCCUGCUGGCCCAUCUGGAGGGCGGUCUGACGGGAGCCUGGAGAGCCUCACAGCCACGCCUGCAGUUCAGCCACAAAGAGCUGGUGCGGAACGGGAGGCUGCUGGCCCUGCCUCUCUCUGCGGGGGAGCUCUACGCUCUGCUCCCGGACGAAGACUCCCGCCGCCUCUACGGCGCCAUGAAGGACCACCUGCUGGUCACCAGCCUGGAUGACAUCACGCAAAGGCCGCGCCAGCUCUAUUGGCCAGCCAACCCAGACCAGAUCCAACAGUGUCUGAUGGCUGGGAAGGAUCCUGAGUGGGAAUGUGCUAACUUCCUGCGGGUGCUGGAACCCUAUAACCACACCCACCUGUACGUCUGCGGGACAGGAGCCUUCAACCCCCGCUGUGCGUUCAUCCCUACCACCAUCUUCACGAGGGGUGAAAGGCCGGUGCUGUUGCAUGAACAGACAGAGUGUGGGAAGGGGAAGUGUCCGUUUGACCCCCACCAGAGGACAGCCACAGCCAUCAUUGAUGGGGAGCUGUAUGCUGGAAUCUCCUCUGACUUCAUGAGUCGGGACUCAGCCAUUUUCCGCAGCCUGGGUACCCGUCACGUCAUCCGCACUGAGCAGUACGACUCCACCUGGCUGCAAGAUGCUCAGUUUGUGAAGGUGGCCUCAGUGUCUGAGAGUGACAAUCCAGCAGAUGACAAGGUGUACAUAUUCUUCACUGAGCAUGCUCAGGAGGCAGAAGGGGCUGCUGGGAAGGUGAUAUACUCCAGGGUGGCACGUGUCUGCAAGAAUGACAUCGGAGGCCAGCGCAGUCUGGUGAAUAAGUGGAGCACCUUCCUGAAGGCCCGCAUGGUGUGCUCCAUCCCUGGAGCGGAUGGCCUUCACACUCAUUUCGACCAGCUGCAGGACAUCUUCAUCCUGCACGGGAAAGACAAGACAAACCCCCUGAUCUACGGCCUCUUCACCACAGCCAGCGACGUGCUCAACGGCUCGGCCGUGUGCGUGUACCGGAUGCAGGACGUGGUCAGGGCCUUCAAGGGCCACUUCUCACACAAGGAGGGGCCACAGUACAAGUGGGCGGAGUUCACGGGGAGGGUACCCUUCCCCAGACCGGGCACGUGUCCAAGCAGCACAUAUGGCAGCUACCGUUCCACCCGCGAGUAUCCCGAUGAUGUCAUCUUCUUCAGCCGGACCCACCCGCUGAUGAUGGAGGCGGUGUACCCCAUUGGAGAGCGCCCUCUUCUGGUGAGGGUGGGAGUGCAGUACAAAUUCACCCGACUGCUGGUGGACCGUGUCGAGGCUGUGGACGGCCAGUACGAUGUCAUGUUCAUCGGCACAGACUCAGGGCUGGUGCUGAAGUCCAUCCACCUCCCGAAACAGCCAGGCCACACCCACGAAGUCACUCUGGAACAGCUGCAGGUCUUUAAGGGAAGGUCAGCCAUCACCGCCAUGACUCUGUCUAAGAAAAGGCAGUGGCUGUAUGUGGGCUCCGGGGAGGGCGUGGCCCAGCUGGCUCUGUUCCAGUGUGAGCUUUACGGACAGGCCUGCGCUGAGUGCUGCCUCGCCCGCGACCCAUACUGCACCUGGGAUGGCCACGCCUGCAGCCCCUUCAUCCCCAUCGCACGCAGGAGGAACACAAGGCAAGUUGGUGAUGCUGGUGACCCACUGACGCAGUGUGUGAGACAAGGAGCUGGUCUGCAGGUCGAGGCAGAGGAGAGGGUGAUGGUGGUUGCCGAGGGAAACAGCACAUACCUGGAGUGUCUGCCCAAGUCUCAACACGCUGCUGUUACCUGGUUCAGAGAGGACGGAGGGGACAGUCACAAACUGCACGAGGUGACGUCAGGGGAGCAGCUGAUUGUUAUAGACAGGGGUGUCCUGAUUCGGAGGGCAGAGACCUGGCACUCGGGCGUGUACCACUGCCAGCUGGAGGAGCACGGCUUCCGCUGGACAGCCGUGACAGUGCAGCUGAGCGUGAUCAGCUCCAGGGGACCCAACCAAUGGAAUCAGCCCAGCCCCGCCCACUCCGCCCAGGCCUCCUAUCAGGGUGCGAUGGAGCAGUACUGUCAGCAGCUGGGCCGGCGUCGCCAUAGGAGCAGGAACCGCAAGAAAGGGGACACGGCUGAAGCGGAGAGUGAGAGGCAAGGGGGAGAGGGAGGAGGAGGAGGAGGAGGAGGAAGAAGAGGAGGUGGAGGAGGAGGAGGUGGAGCAGGAGGAAGAGGAGGAGGAGGGAGAAAAAGCAGGAGCAAACCUCAGCCCCCAGCCAUAAGGUCCCCACGCAGCGUCUAGACACAAAAAACGCAUGCUCAAACACAGCUCCGAUUACACACACCCACACAGCACAUCUCACACACAUGGAGUGGGGACAGGGCACACUCUGACUUGCCUCUGUGGAGCAGAAAGAUGGACUGGAUCUGAAUUUGUAAAGGAGUGCAUUAGCAUGUGAUUUUCUGGAGGAGGAGCGUCACACCACAGAGUCAGAAGGACAGCUGGACUAUCUGGGGACAUGUUGAAAUGAUGGUUAAUGUGUCCAAAGGACUCGGGACAUGCUGAAAUGACGGUCGAUGUAUCUGAAGGACUGGGGGUGUGUCUGUGGUGUGUCUGUGGUGUGUCUCAAGUGAAGAGCUGAGUGGGAAUUAAAAAUAAAAGGUGGGGGAGUACCGGGAUCACAUGGGGCAUAUUUGAAGAAGUCUGUAGGUAAAUCUUAAAAUAAGCAUGUACGAGGAUAAUUUUCUUUCAAUAUGAGACCAUUUUUCGUGGGACAGCUAUUUUCUGAACUCAGUAUUUUUCCUCAUUUGGAAAUUAUUGUUAAAUAGGCUUGUCAGGAUUAGUUUUUUCUUGUCACAUGUCAAUUAAUGCUGAUUUCACAAAACCUCAACAAGCUACCUAAAAACAGUCCAUUUGAUAAGCGUAAAAAUAUACUGAAGGUUAGAGUGAACACUGUACUUCAAAUGUCUCGAAGUUCCAGUGGUGUUUAGCUUUGACAUAUGCUAAUGCAAAAGGUUGACUGGGCCAACCUAUUAUAACAUAAAUACUGAUGAACAUCAAACAUACACCUAUACUAAGAAAAAAUGUUGAUUUUACCCAUCAGAUCUAAUGAGAAAAAUCUAACCUUGGCAGGCCUAAUGUACAUCCUUAUUUUAAACUGUGUAUUUAUUAUUUUAACUUUAACUAGGAAAUGAAUCUUUACAUUUAUUUUAUGUAGAGUCUGCCCUAAAUCUAAAUUAAGAUGCUUAUUGAUGACACUGUAAUUCACCCAGAGUCCUUUCAUGGAAAACAGAGUCCUGAGUGUGGGGACUGGGGCUGGGGAAAGGGCCAGGUUUGUAGGAGGGUUGGGGUGCUAUAUUUGGGGUAGGGGUAAGGGUGUCUUUGCGUUGGGGCAGUGUAUGGUGUGGUAUGGUAUGGACUGAGGGUAGUUUGUACAGCUGAGUAAAUAUGAAACUUGAUGUGCAUUCUUGCAUAUCUGUUUCUGAGGGCUUAUGAAAGAUGUAUAUAGUGUAUUUAUAUAUUCAUCUACAAUCCUACGAAAACUCUUCAACUUAUAAUGCCAAUCUGUUCCAGUUUGUAGUUGAGUGGAAGCAUAUUUAGUUAAAAAAUAUAUAUUGUUUCAAAGGCACAGUCUGUAUUUCCUCAUACCCCAGUACACACUAAUUGGUAUACUGAGCUUAGUAAGUGCUCAGUGGGUAUUGAGCUCAUGCAAGUGUCCCUCCCUGGCUGCAGGUUUACUAGCAGGCGGCAUGAAUGCUCUUCGUUUGCAGCUUUGGGGGAAAAAAAAGUGAAGGAAAGAAAUAAAACGCACAAAGUUGGUCUGAGAACAAAGGCAGUUUGGCAGAAAUGGUAUCCUUUGAUGCUAUACUAUAAUAUGCUUCUUAUUGUUUCAAAGAGAAUCUGUCAGGGGAAAUCUGUAUCGUCAAGAAGAAAGUAUAAAAGUGCAAAAAAAGUUGAAUAUGGUUGGAUUUUUCCUUUACCACAUGUAAGAAGACCCAGCGCAUGUGUGGAGUCAUGGUGUUGUUUAAUCAAAUGCAUGCUGCUGUCUCCAGAUCAAAAGCCCCCC